AUGUGGGAUAGGACGCUGAACUCAUUCAACAAAGGUUACCAUUGGUUAAAAAAAGAGGAGGAGGGUGCACGGGAGCAGAAUGGGACGAGACAUGGCUUGGGAGAGGAUAGAGAGGCGAACGAUGGGCAAGAGCUAGCGAGACGGAGAGCACAAUCUAACGUCAUCCCAAUGCUUCCGAAAGCCUUCACCUUCAAGAGACAGAACUCGGAGAUGCGAGACCGGUUGAUGCCACACGAACCGUCCCCUGCAGAGCGAAGGGCACAUUCGACAGACAGACGAGUUAUACCAGGCCAUAAUCACGACAUAUCACCACCUCCCCUACCCCCUUACGCAUCCGCUCCACACAUCAUACCGGCUCCAGAAACGACUUCACACUUGGUCCUUGACGACACCGAGGUGUCACCGAAUGCGAACCAGACUGACAAUCAGUAUGCGGAGGACGACCAGUCUAUAUCAUUAGGCUCUAUACAUCAAGCGUUGGAAUCCGUAGCGGACAGUCUGGAAGACCCGGUUUUCCAAGCCGAGCUGGAGCUACGAUGGAUCUUGAACCUUAGCAUGCAUUUCCGUGACAUGUCCGACCGCGAGAAGUUUUUCAUCACAUAUGCGGCGGAGCCCAACCGCUGGCUACGGGUUACGGUCUCCCUGGACUACCGAAAUCUCGAUUCCUUACCCAACGAUUCGCUUGAGGCGGACCUCAAAUCAUUGCAUUACCAACGGGACAAGUCCGCCAGGAUCUAUGAAGCCGUAAGAGACAGCCUGAGUGAUAUCAAAUGGUACGACACGGUGACGAAUCUCAAGCUGCAAACCCAAGAUGGCAGGCUCCAUGUGCACGUCACAGAAGAUGUCUACGAGAAUAUCCAGUAUCCCGCAGCCUCGGUCAUCGGGCAUCUCGAAUGUCCUCAUAUCCCCGAGAGUGAUGUCGAGUUCGAUAGCCAUAUUAGUGGGUUUGUGUAUCGGGUUCGGGUUAACGGCUACCCAUCUCACAAUGAUGCCUCCAUUUCGCCGCCAGUGGACAACUUGUUCAUUAAGAAAGAGAUCCCAGGACCGGAUGCGGUAGAAGAGUUCCUCUACGAGAUCAACGCGCUGGCUUCGCUUAGGCAUUCGCACCAUGUCGUCCACUUCGACGGUAUCAUUGUUUCCCAUGACUCUCAAUCUCCUAAUGCCGAUUCCGCGCCAGCCGAGACUCCUAAAAUCAAGGGACUUCUUCUUCGGUACGCUUCUAAGGGUGCUCUGAUCGACAUUCUCUAUGACAACCGCAUCAUUCCUUCUCCGACCCAAGCCCACCAUCCGUCUCCCACCUCGACCGGUGCGCUGGCGGAUAUGGAUGGGACUUUGUUGCCUCUUGAUCUUCGGCUCCGCUGGGCCUACCAAAUUCUGGUUGGUUUACAGGACAUUCACGCAGCCGGAUUCGUUCAGGGAGAUUUUACUUUGAGCAAUAUCGUACUCGAUUCGGAGAACAAUGCGCGGAUCAUCGACAUCAAUCGACGAGGAUGCCCCGUAGGCUGGGAACCACCUGAGCUAGCUUCGAUCAUCAAGUCCGGUGGACGCGUCGCCAUGUACAUUGGCGUCAAGAGCGACUUGUUCCAGGCGGGAAUGGUCCUCUGGGGUCUCGGUGAAGGCUGGGAUGAGCCCGAGCGAGUAGAGCGCCCGCUCACUGACAGGUGGGGAUGCAAGGGCGGUGAUGCUCCUGGAUGGUUCCGGGACCUCACAGCUAUGUGUCUAAGCGAGAGACCGCAUGAUCGUCUCCCUGCAGAAGAGCUGGUUCGAAGAUUUGAACAG